CGUGUAAUUCAACACAACAUACUUGGACACGUUCAAUGUAAUUUACCGGUUGCAUGUUAAUUAAUAACUUAUUGACCUAUUAUUACGUCAAAGAAGUUUGUUAUAUACAUUGUAUAGAUAAACGCCUGCCAAAUUAUAAGUACGACUAUCAUUCAGCAUAUGGAACGCAUUGUGUAGUUUGUUACCACCGUUCUAUAUAAAUAGAUAUGUGUAUUUGUUUACAUGCACACGGGUGUAAACACGAAGCAAGGACGAUAUAAUAACCUUCCUUUUCAAGGAUAUUGAAAGUUGACUGAAACUUUUCAGUAAAUGAUUUUGUGACACAUAACACUUAAAUUUCCGCACAGUGUCUUUUCAGUAAAUCAUGGGAGAUAUAUGCAAUCAUCGGAAUAUUAUACAAAAUAAUAUUAAUAUUGAACAGCAAUGUCUUGUUCCACAUUUUCACAAUUCAAACUCGCACUUUACAAUUAGUCCACGAGACGCAGCUAAAUUAGUACAUUCUCAAAGAAAGCGUGAAGACGAAAGAAGUUGUUUUUUGUUGCAAAUAGCAUUUUUUCCAGUGUAUAGCGAUGCUGAUAUACCGAACUCAUGUUUCAAAAAACUUCCCAGGAUUGUGAACGGAAUUCCUUUAGGAGCGGGGGUGUUAGCGAACGAACAGGUGGGAAAUAUAAGAUGGAAAUAUGUCGAGGGCGGAAAAAAGAUGCAUACAUUUAUUUCGAAACCAAUCUGUGAAGAGGAAGCCGAAGAAUCAAAAAGAGCCAUAAAGGAUAGCUUUGUGAGACAUUCUCAAGUCCUGUUUGGAGACAUUACCGUCAAGGCAACACUUAUUUUAUCUCGAUGUAUCAACUUCGAUGACGAUUUUAUAAUAAACGAUAUUGCCACUACUUUAAAUGAAGGACUGCAUUUUAGUGAUUGAUAAAGGUUACAAUAUUUAGGACAUCUUUUCAUCCACGUCUUUCAGAUUUUUCAUUCAUAGAAGUGAUUUUUAUAUGGCUGCAGAUUUUAUUUAUUAUUGGAGAGUUACAUUUUUCUAACCUUCCUAUAAUGGUCUGUAUAUUUUGCUAGAAUAAUUUAUUUGUUUUG